CACCUUCAACAAAUGUGAGGAAAUCAAUAAACUUCAAAAAUUUAAAUGAUUUGAUAGUAAGAUUCAAUUUCUCAAAUAAUCUAAUGAAGCUUUCUCACAGUCAAUAUAGGCCCCGUGAAUUUGGUCUGUUGGGCUCAAAUCUAUUGUGGGUUAAGGUGAGAUAUUACUUUCUUGGGUUGGAUGCACCACUUAAAUAUUUUUAAUUUUUAAAUUCUUAUAAACCCACCCUAUAAAUAACCAUCUUUAAAGCCUAAACCGUACACCCAGUUUUGAAGACUCUCCAAACCCCCUCCUACUUUUCCUCUCGUUCCCACGCUUUCUCCCCUUUCAAACAAAACCCACAAAAAAGAAAAAAAAAAAAAAUCACAUUGCAUCUUUCGCGAUCGACGAAACCUUUUCGAUUCGAUAUUCUUCAAAAUUUUCUAAAUCAUCUUGUCUGUCUCACCUUAUUUUUAAAAAAUUCUUUUUCUGUGAAGUGUGAUUCAAUGGCGCUAAAGUUCAUGAAGGGUCGUGACUUGGAGGCAGGCAGAGGUCAAAAUGGGGAGCAACAAUUGUACCCGAACCAGAUGGAGACCCCUCAGCUCCGAUGGGCUUUCAUCCGCAAGGUCUACAUGAUCGUCGCCUUUCAGUUGCUUCUCACCGUUGGCAUUUCCUACGCCGUCGUUUCGAUCCCCGCCAUUCCCGAAUUCGUCAGAUCCUUGGCCGGCACCAUCACUUUCAUUUGCAUUUUUAUCGCUGCCAUAGCUGUUACGAUUGCCUUGUACUAUUUCCACAAGAAGCAUCCGGUGAAUUAUGUGCUUCUUAUUCUGUUUACGAUUUUACUUUCGAUUACGGUGGGAUUCUGCUGUUCCUUUAGACCAGGGAAAAGUAUUCUUCUAGCUGUUAUUUUGACGGCUACGGUGGUUGUGAGCCUCACCAUAUACACAUUCUGGGCAGUCAAGAGAGGCCAGGAUUUCAGCUUCCUUGGCCCAUUUUUGUUUGCUGCAACCCUCAUGCUUAUGAUGUUUGGCCUCAUCCAGAUAUUUUUUCCCUUGGGGCCUCUUUCAAGGAUGGUAUAUUCUGCAUUGGGGGCUCUUCUAUGUUGUGCUUAUAUUGUGUACGACACAGACAAUCUGAUAAAGCGGCUGAGCUACGAUGAGUACAUAUUCGGUGCUCUCUCUAUAUAUAUUGAUGUUGUCCAACUCUUCCUCUUCCUUCUCUCUUUAAUUAGCGGCGGUAGGUAAAUUAACCAACACUCUCUAACCCCUAGAGAUUAAGAGCAAAGACCCCAUUUUCUCAUCUCACCACUAUUAUGAAGAUGAAAAUUUGUAUAUGAUGGUUUCUUGUAUGAACUGUAUAUUCACCCCUAUUUUCGCAACUUGAUGUACAACUAGAUUAACUGUAUUUAGCUCGUUUCGAUUACUUGCUUUUCAA